CGUCGAGAACCAGCCUUGUCACGACCACGAUACAACUUCACAUCCUUCCGAUCCGUCCAUCACACUAUCAACAUGUGCAAAAAGGCUUCCUGCGACUCCUGCCGUAAGUCCUCACCGUUCCACCCCGCUUCUUCCUCGUCUCCUUCGAUCUUUCCUUCCAAACUUCACUCCAGUUCUAACGAUCUCUUAGACAAGACCACAUGGUGGGGCUGCGGCAAACACGUCCCCGGCGUCAUGCAGAACAUUCCUUCAGAACAAUGGUGCACAUGCGCGCCUCGAGUCGAGCGAGAGGGAAACGCGUACCCACCGAUGGGGAGCCUGUCAUCGGCGUGACUCCCUAGGUUCCUGACGGGGUGGUGGUGAGGUGGAGAGGUCGUAAGGGAAGACGGUCAGAGAGAAGUCAAGAGUGGUGUGAUGGGGCUAUAC